AUAUCAUAUAUAUACAGUAGAGAGAGUAUACCUCUAACAACACACACACACACCCACACCUACCUAUCCAUACCUAUCUCAACCAACACAACCAACAAAAAACAAUGGGAAACAUAGAGACUGUCGGUCCCAAUGAGGCACUGAUAGUAUCGGGAGGUUUGUGUACAUCAACUGAUAAACAGUUUGUUGUCGGUGGCUGGUGCUGGACCUGGUGGCUCAUAACCGAUGUCCAACGUAUGUCCCUACAAAUUAUGACCCUGAAACCCCAAUGCGAUAAUGUUGAAACAGCUCAAGGGGUACCCCUGUCCGUUACAGGGAUAGCCCAGUGCAAGAUAAUGAACGAACCGUCUUUCCUGUCCAUAGCCGCCGAACAGUUUCUCGGUAUGAGUAUACGUCAAAUACAUUUCGUACUAAAUGAGACACUGGAGGGUCAUCUGAGGUCAAUAUUAGGCACACUAACUGUCGAAGCCAUCUACCGCGACAGGGAUCAGUUUGCCCAACUGGUCCGUGAAGUGGCCAACCCGGACGUGGGUCGGAUGGGUAUUGAAAUUGUUAGCUUUACUAUUCAGGAUGUAUACGAUUGUGUGGAGUAUUUGUCAUCGUUGGGCAAAACCAGGACAGCCGAAGUCAAACGGGACGCACAAGCAGGUGUAGCAUCGGCUGAAAGGGAUGCCGGGAUCAGGGAAGCCCAUUGUAAUAAGGAGUCAAUGGAUGCCAAGUACGGGGCCAAUACUAAGAUAGAGGACGCCCAUCGGCUGUUUUCGCUGGAAAAAGCUAAAUACGAUGGAGAGGUAAACACAUUGAAAGCUGAGGCACAGUUAGCUUACGAGUUGCAAAGUGCACGUAUCCAACAGUCCAUACGUAAUGAGGAAAUGGAGAUCGAAGUCGUGGAAAGGCGUAAACAGAUUGAUAUACAGGAAAAGGAGAUCCAGAGGCGGGAAAAAGAGUUGAUGGCUCAGGUCAAGCUACCGGCCGAAGCCGAAGCCUAUCGGGUUGAGACAGUGGCCAGUGGUGCCCGUGCGGCUACCGUUUCCACUGCCCAGGCCGAGGCCCAGCGUAUCAAAUUGAUUGGUGCCGCUGAGGCCUACGGUAUUGAAGCCGUCGGCAGAGCCGAUGCCGAACGUAUGCGUAUGAAAGCCAUGGCCUACAAACACUUCGAGGACGCGGCCAUACUGUCCCUAACCCUGGAAGCCCUGCCGAAAAUUGCGGCCGAAGUUGCGGCACCGUUGGCCAAAACCGAUCAGAUUGUCCUCAUCGGCAAUAACAGUGGCCAUCAGUCAUCAAACGGUUUGGUAGACCCGUUGACACAACUAGUCUCACAAUUACCGCCCACAAUACAGGCCCUAACUGGUAUCAACUUGACGGGAACGUUAGCUAAAAUACCCGGUGCUAUACGUGAACAUACUAAUAGUAAUAGUAAUAAUAAUAAUACUAAUGUUAAGCAUAUACAUCAAACUAAUAGCAAUAAUGUUGUUGCUGCUAUUGAUGCUAUUUUUACAUAACUACCGGUGUGCUGGACAUACAGGUGCUGGACAUACACACACACACACACACACACCCACACAUAUAUG